CUCGGGCGAGCCCAGAGCGCGGAAACCCACAAGUUUUGGCAAGAUGGGGUCCGUGCCCGAGCGAGGACAGGCUUCAGGGAUCAGGCCAAUGACCCGAGGGCGCGCCGACUCGCGCCUCGAGGCACGGCAGUCACUCACACGGAGCAGCUGCAGACUGGAAGCGCAGCGAGGAGGGGAGCGGUGGAGCAGUUGCCCCCCCCCGAAAAAAAACCCAUGCGGGAGGCGGGCAAGGCACCACGAUAUGCAUCUCGGGGCUCAGCGACCGGGAGAAGAAGACGACGCUGCAGGAGCGCGCUGGGGGACUACGGGCACAUUGUGCGCAUCGAGAUCCCUCCUGGCCGACGUGUCGCUUUCGUCGAGUACGAGGAGAAGCGAGACGCCACGGAGGCCAUGACCGCAAUGGACGGCAAGAAGAUCGGCGAGAGUUCUGUGACCAUUCGGUUCGCGGACGACAGGCCCCCGCCCGGCGCGCAGCCGCGGCAGCCGCCGAGGCGUGCCGGCGAGGUGCUGCUGGACCAGCGGGGGGUGCGCCGCGAGGAGCAGGUGGUGCGGCAGAUGCAGGCCGAGGCCGAGGCUGCCGCCUCCCGGCCCGGGAGCAGAAGCAGCGGGCGCGGGAGGAGUUCCAGCCGCGGGCGGCGCCGCGGUGGCAGAAGGAGGAGCCGCGGCCGCAGCCGGCGCAGCGGGGGCGGCCGCCCCCGCCGGAGCAGCCGGGCCCGCAGCCGCAGCAGCCGGGGCGGCAGCCGCAGGGGCGGCCGCCGGAGCCGCGGGCGGCGGCGGCGGAGCGGCUGAGCGAGGCGGCCAGCCGAGGCCGUGGCCGCCGGUGACGCUGGGCGGCGCGCCGGCCCUCCGCGCGCGCGCCGGCGACGCGUGUAUGAGCUCGUCGGCCGUUCUCGCUCCCCACUCUAGACCGGGAGGGCCCGCGCAAGGGUGACUUCUU